AGAGUGAAUGAGAGAGAGAGAGGGAAUGGUGGUGGGAGGGAGUGGGGGGGGAGAGAUACAGUGAUGGAGUAAGACUGAGGGAGGGGUAGAGAGAGAGAGAGAGGAGGGGGUGGGGGAGGGUCAGGGAAUAAAACUUAGGGGCAAAAAGGGGUAUUAAGAGAGAAAGAGGGUAUAAAUUGAGAGAGAGAGACAGAGGCUGUGGGGGGAGAGAGAGAGUGAUAGUGAAAGAGUUGGAAUAAAAGAGUAGGACUGGGAAUGGACAGGGAAUUGGAAGUGAGGCAGAGGGAGUGAGGGGCUGGAGCAGGGAGUGAGGGGCAAGAGAUCAGGAGACUUAAAAAAAAACCAUUACAAACCAUUCAUUCCAGCGCCUUAUUUAUGUAUUUUUAAUACUUUUAUUUUUUUUUAAAAAAAUGCGGACGCCUGCAAACCGCUGAAGACCAGCCUCGUGUUUGUGGGCGCGAGGGUCAGGGUUUCAGGUCUUCUGAGAAGUUCCUCUGUGGGUUGAACCGGGGCCGUCAUCGAGAGUUUUUAAAAUCGAAGUUAAUUUUCUUUUUUUUUAAUUAAAAAAAAAGAAAAAGUCAGGUUUUAAUUUGAAGCCUGCGACCCGAACUGAAAGGUCCCGUACAAAAGGUCGAAGGCGCCAUUUGUAGACACUGGGAAUUCAGCCGCUGUCUGUGGAUCGCUGGGAUUAAAGUGGGUUCGAGCGAGUUGGAGGGUUUGGGUCAUUAGUGGCUGCCAAAGUAUGCAGCCCAGCCAGGGCAAGACCCCGUUGGUCCGUUUUUGGCAGCUGUUCUUUAGAGGCAAGUACCUGAUUGUCACCAACACAGUGAGUUGCGGGGUGUUGAUGGCUACAGGAGAUAUGAUCCAACAAACCCUGGAGAGGAGGAAGGACCCAGACUUCAAACGCGAUUGGAAACGGACAGGCUGCAUGUUCACGACCGGCUUUAUUAUGGGCCCUAUCGCCCACUUUUGGUACUCGUGGUUGGACGGAAGGUUUCCCGGACGGACCUCAAAGAUCGUGUUGAAAAAAGUUAUGCUGGACCAGCUCAUAGCCUCUCCCCUGUUUGGGGUCAUCUAUUUCUAUGGAAUUGGAACAUUAGAAGGCCAUUCACUGCAAGAAUGUUCCAUGGAAUUUAAGGAGAAGUUCUGGGAAUUCUAUAAGAUGGACUGGAUGGUGUGGCCGGGAGCGCAAGUCAUCAACUUCCUUUUCCUUCCCCCAAAGUUCCGGGUCAUGUACGUGAACGUCCUGACCCUUGGGUGGGACACGUACCUGUCGUACCUGAAACACAGGGAGGAUAACCAGAGCGAUCCGAUCCUGACAGACCAUCCUGGAGAAAUAGUCUCCAAAACAGUGACUACCUCCUAAAGGACAAGAACGAGGAACGGAAGAAGGCAAUGAAGUUUGAAGUCACGGGAGGGGAGGGUUGCUGAGGAACUGUAGCUACCCCCCCCCACACACACACACACACACACACCAUCUACGUUAUGCAGCUCUGAAUGAUUCCGAAUCGAUGGAUUGAUAGAUGAUUGGUCAAAAAGUAAGCACAAGAUGGUUCCGAUUGCAGGCUGGAGGCAGCAACUUUGGACUUGUCUCCUGAAGAUUGAAGAUGGGGAUCAUGUACUGCCCCCCCCUCCCCCUAAUAAAUAAAAGGAGAUUCUAGGUGCAAUGUAAUGCCAUGUGAGCAGUGCCAAACUUAGCAGUAAGUAGGAACCCGGUCAUUAGUCGAUUGGCGGAUCACUUUCCGGGCGUAAUACUGCCUUUGACCUAAAUAAAUUUGGUCACUCAAUCCGUGGGACGCUGCUGUGUACAAUUGGCUGCCGCAUUUGGCCCACAAAAUUUGCAGUCAUUUCACUCUACGGUAAUAUCCUGUGAAGCGCUUUGAGACGUCUCAACGACGUGAUAAGGCGCUGUAUCAAAUGCAGGGAUUAUUAUUAUUAUUAUUCCACAUUCCAGUAAGGAGGACUGUGAGUGACGAUCAACAGAAUGAAAUCCCAGCUGAUUUACCCCCUACCCCCCCAAUCGCCCCGUCCCUCCCACUAUUCCCUCCAGGAGUGCUCAGGCCAAAUGUAGCCUUAACUGCCACCUCACCAUCAAUUGGGACUUGAAGCUCAUGAGCUGGUUCCCUGUAUGGAGAAGUUAUAAUAGAGAAGUGCUUUACUGAGCUGUUCCAUCAAUCCGACAAGGCUGUCGAGAGCCCAAGCACUUUCUAGAAGUUUUAAUAGAAUUGUAAUUAAUUUUGCACAUAAAUAAUGUACGUUUUAUUUUAAAAUUCUUGUUACGCUUUUUCAAAUAAAAAUGUACGUCGUUAUUACAUUAUUUGUGUGCGAUCAAUUAAUUUUUGCGCACAAAUAAUGUUAAGUUUUUAUUUAAACUGAAUUAAAUUAAUUAAUUUAACUUAAUUGUACUUGAACUGGGAAACCAGUGAAUCUUUAAUAAGGAAUGAGAUGAUAUCACCUGCUCUCGUCUUCCUCCACCCCACAAUGGACACGAGGUGAUGAAGAGCAAGCAGUUUUACACUUGUGUUCUCGCUCGCAGUCAUGUUGAGAGUUUCUUUGUUAAAUGUUGGAGACUUCUGGCUGGCUUCACUAAUUUAUCUGGGGACUCCUGUAGCUCAGUGGUUAGAGCACUCGCCUCGCAAGCGAGAAGGACCUGGGUUCGAUUCCCGGGCAGGGAGAACCGUUAGGCACAAAUUCCUUACUUCACACACCUAUUUACCCAGCAGUAAGCAGGAACCCGGUUGUUAGUUGAUUGGCGGAUCGCCUUUCCGAGGGUAGUAAUCCCUUCAAAAUAAAUAGAUAAUAAUAACUUGGUCACUCAGACUGUUUGUGGGACGCUGCUGUGCGCAAUUGGCUGCCACGUUUCGCCCACAAAAUGUACAGUCAACUCACUUUACAGUGUAUUCUGUGAAGCACUUUGAGACUCGAAGACCUGAUGAGGCGCUAUAACAAAUGGAAGGAUUAUUAUUAUUGAUUGUGUCCCGGGUGUUGGUCUGAGUCCAGUGAGUUAUUGAAAUUGAUUCCAAUAAUUGUCAAAGUAUAAAUUAACUAUUUAUAGCUGUAAGAACUGUGACUGUACCAAUUUAGAGAGCCAGCUAUGAAUCCCGCUUGUUCUUCCAUCAUUUUCUUGCAUUUCAUGUUAAAUAAAACCAUUUUUCAAUGUAUUGCCUCCUUUUUCGUUUGGUUUCGUUCGGUUG